GAGAUGACCUGCUAAGUGCGAAGUGAGCUCUUACGGAAAACUAAGAGAUAGGAAUGAGCACCAACAAUCUAUUAGGAGGUGAGUACCAGGUAUUCCUGAGUUUUAGAGGGCCUGACACUCGUCGCGGAAUCACCAAUUGCCUCUACCACGCCUUGGUAGAUGUCGGGAUUCGCGUUUUCAUCGAUGACGAAGAGCUUCGACCAGGAGAAAGAAUUAGUGGCAACCUUCUGUUGGCGAUCGAUGACUCCAAGCUUUACAUGCCCAUCUUCUCUAAGAAUUAUGCUUCGAGUCACUGGUGCCUCCGUGAGCUUGCAAAAAUGGUAGAGAACACCUCUAAAUCUAAAGAAGAGGGGAAUGAGAAGGUGAUAUUGCCCAUCUUUUAUGACGUGAAACCUGCUGAUGUGAAGCUGAAAACCUCGUUGUACAAUGAUGCCAUAUUGAAUUUGGAGCAAAAGAUGGAGGAUGAGAAGAAGUUCAGCCAUGAGGAAAUAAAGACGUGGCGUCAGGCUCUCAGCAAAGUUGAUGACACCAAGGGGUGGGAGCUGCAGAAAUAUCCGGGCGAAGGGGUUCUUAUCGAGGCUGUUGUUAACGAGGUUGUGGUUAGGCUCAAGACAAGACAGAGAAAAGUGACAGGAGAUUUAGUUGGGAUGGAAGAUCGAAUGGCGGCCAUAAACAGUUUAUUAGACAUCAAAUCCGGUGGUGUGCGGCUUAUUGGAAUUUAUGGGAUGGACGGCAUCGGCAAAUCAACACUUGCCAAGAUUAUCUAUAACCAACUAUGUCCUCGCUUUGGGAAAAACUGCAGCUUUCUUGAUGGCAUACGGGAAAUGGCAAAAACCAAGGGCUUAGUCAAGCUGCAAGAACAAUUGUUGUCCAAUAUCUCCAAUUCUAGAGUGGCUCGCAACAUUGAUAACAUUGAUCAUGGGAUUGAUACAAUUAGAGAAAUAAUUUGCAACAAGAAGGUACUAGUUGUAUUGGAUGAUGUUAAUGAGGGAAACCAAAUCGAAUACCUCAUUGGAAUUAAUCCUUUGUUCGUUGGCACUAGGAUACUUGUUACGACUAGGGACAAAAGUGUUUUGAAAAUAAGAGGAUUGAAGUAUGAAAUCGUGCCUUAUGAAAUGGAGGUGUUGAACGACAAAGAUGCACUUCAACUUUUUAGCAGGCAUGCCUUCAAUGCUGACAUUCCUCCAUACAGUUAUGACACUUUUUCAAAAGACAUCGUCUCUACAGCGGGUGGACUACCUUCAGCUCUUCAAGCUAUAGGUUCAUUGCUUUUUCUUCAGGAAGAGAAAAAAAUAUGGGAAGAGAUGCUAGAAAAGCUAAGGAAAACACCUAAUAGUGAUGUCUUGGGAAAGCUAAGGAUCACCUAUGAUGCCUUAGAAGCGGAUCAACAACAAAUAUUUCUUGAUGUUGCAUGCUUUUUCAUGAGUAAAGAUAAGGCUAAUCCAGUCUUGGUGUGGAAAGAUUGUGGGUUCAGCCCAGAGUAUGCUAUUGAUGUCCUUAUUAACAGGUGCACAAUAAAGGUUUUAGAGGGUAAUAAAUUUUGGAUGCAUGAUCAGUUUAGAGAUCUUGGAAGAGCAAUUGCUAAUCAAGAGCGUUCCAGGUUGUGGGUUGUAGACGACAUCAUUCGCGAAUUAAGAUCAACAGAGAUCAAGAGCAGCGUUCAAGCACUGGAUUUGACAAAUUGGUCAGGGACUGAUGAUCAAAUAACUGUCACUGCUGAGCAAAUUAAGCGGUUCCCACGUCUUCGGCUGCUGUGGUUGCAUAACAUAACUUGCCAAGGCGACUUUGCGGGCUAUCUUUUUGAGUUGAAAUGGAUCAGUUUGUUUUACCCUGAUGGAAGUUCUGAACGCCAUCCACGUUUUGAGGCAACCAAUUUGCAUCUCGAAAACGUGGUAGUGGUGAAUCUUGUUGGCCAUGGAUUCAUGGAUGAUCAUAUCAGAAGCCUAAUCCAGGAGGGGAGGAAAUUGAAGGUUCUCAUUCUUGAAAAUAAUAAGUCUAUAUACAGGACACCAACCUUUUCCGAAUACUCAGUUUUAGAGAAAUUGACCAUUUUUGAAUGUUCAUCUUUGAUGGAAAUUGACUGCUCUAUUGGAAAACUGAGGUGGCUGACUGAGUUGAGUAUUGAGUCAUGUCGGAAUCUUGGAAAAUUGCCUGAACAAAUUGGAGAGUUACCGAAUCUUCAGCACCUCUCUCUUAGGAAUUGUGAUAGCUUGAGUGAACUCCCCGAAUCUGUUUCGAAAUUAGAGUCAUUGAUGAAGUUGGAUGUAUCACACACGCCUAUUACAGUAUUACAGGAUUCCAUUGGUAGACUGCCAAGCUUGUCAUCUCUCAAUGUAUCGUCCACACCAAUUGCGAAAGUGCCCAGUACAAUGAGCGAGCUUAGUUGCCUCGAAACACUGGACUUAGAGCAUUGUCAUAAGAUCCAAGAGUUGCCGGAGCUCCCCAAAAGUUUGACAACUCUACGGCUGAGAUCUACUUCGUUGCAAACUGUCCCUAACCUCUCAAACCUUACUAAUCUAGUAGAACUGCUCCUAUCUGAUGGCUCUGAAUCUAAGGCCACAUCAAAUAUAAUUCAAACUUGCGACUUGCAGUGGAUUGGGAGGUUAUCCAAACUGAGGAAGCAGCAGUUGUGCCUUUUAAAUGUCCGCACACUGCCUACAGAGUUGGGCUCCCUUUCUCUGCUGAAAGAACUUACAAUGUAUGGACUAGACUUCCAAUCCCUCGAACAACUUCCGUCAAACUUGACAGUUCUAGAGCUCGAUCGCACUCAAGUGAAACAAGUACAGCUCGAUGGGCUUCCUCAGUUGGAACAUUUGACUAUCAAAAGGUGUAAACUCGUUAAAAGAUUAUCCAUUCCAUCAAGUUUAAGAAAACUGAGAGAAGCCGAGGUGUCUUCUUGCACUGACUUAGUCGAAGUUCAAUUUCUCGGUGACUUAAUAUCAUUGGAGGGAUUGUGUAUUGAGGACUGCAAAUCUUUGGAGAGGCUGGUUAAUCUGUCGGAGGAGCCCGGGUUCAAUGAGCGAAAAGCUCCCGAGUUGACUAAUGGUGGCAGGAGAGUGUCCCUUGUCUCAAGCUCCCUAAAGAUGCUUCAAGUAUUCAAGCUGUCAAGGUGCCCAGAGCUACAUGAGAUUCAAUUUGCUUCUACGUUCAAACCAUUGGGAGUAUUUUCUGUCGAAGAGUGCACUUCGUUAAAAAAGAUAGGCGGUUUGUCAAACUUGAAGAACUUGACGUGGUUAGGUAUUGUAGGGUGCGAGAGCCUGCAGGUUGUCGAUGGCAUGGACGAAUUAGAGCGUUUGGAGCAGUUGAAAGUUUAUAGGUGCAGAUCAAUGGAAACGAUUAUUGAUGCAUCGAGCUCAAAAAUACCAAAGGAGUGCCAGAUACAGAUGAGGGAUUGUGGGGAGUUACUCGACACUGGUUCAGAUGGUUCAAGCAUCACUUGGGAGUCUUACAGAGAGAAGAUUCUAAAUGCAUCAAGGCAAGCAUCAGACUCUGAAGUUGAAACAACUUUUUACGACUGUGAAGCAGAAAUAGGGGAUCCUCUAAUGGAACAGCAAGAUGAUGGUGACGAGCUUGAGGACAAUGACGAGGAUGAUGGCAGGGAGGAUGAGGAUGAUGAGGACGAUGGCAGGGAGGAUGAUGAUGAUGAGAACGAAGGCAAGGAUGAUGACGACGAUGACAACAGUGUGCAUGAGGACAAUGAGGACAAUUACGGCGAGGAUGACAAGAAUGACGAUGUGCAUUUGUCUCGCGAGCCUUCACUGGUUUGUUCCGUGGACGAUAAUGAUGAGAACAACGAUGUCGACAAGGAAGGUGAAGGCAAUGGCAACAGCGAUAGCAAGGACGGCGAGGAUGAGGAUGAGGAUGGCGAGGAUGAUGAGGACAACAAUGUGCAUGAGGUUUUGCAGUCAUCUCGCUUGCCUUCGCCGGUUUGUUCCGUGGACGAUAACGUUGAGAACAAUGAUGUCAACGAGGAAGGCGAAGGUGAUGGCUAUGGCGACGGCGAUGACGAUGAGGAAGAGAGGGACAAUGAAGUAGCCGAAGAGGAGCAAGAUGACGGUGAUGAUUACAACAACAACGAAUACGAUGACAACAAGGAAGACAAUGGCGAUGAAUACGGCGACGAUGGUGAGUACAAUGGCGAGGACGAUGAUGGCAACUAGGACGACAAUGCGUAGGAGGUUCUAUAGAUCUCGUUGGCCUUUGCGGGUUCAUUCUGUGGACAAAGAUGAUGAGAAGGAGGAAGGCGAAAGGCGAAGGCGAAUGCAAUGGCAACGAUGAGGACAAGAAAGAGAGCGAUGUUGAAGAGGCCGAGUACUUGACUUCUUUUUUCCUUCGAAACAUGUGGCAAGAUGACCAUGAUUCGCAGUUGAAAGAGUGUCAAUGCUCAUAUCCUUCUGGUCUCAAGAGCUGAUUGCCGAAACAACAUCAGUUUCUCGUCUCUUUCGGUUCUUAUCAGGUUUUAUUCUUUUCCUUUUCAAUAGUUAAAAUGUUAAUUCACUCCUUGUUUUUUUUCUCCACAAAAAGACAAUGGUGUGCAAUUGCCCUAUUUAUAUCACGAAUUUGUUUGGAUUCUACUUGUUAAUCUGUUCCAAUUCAGGGUAUGCAUCUCAUUAUUUCGAGAUGUCCCCCGUAGAAACAUGCUUCAUGAGUCUGUCUUUGCUGCU